AUGGCGACCAACACUCUAAGGGCGGUACGUGUUGCCGGUGCCACACCCGCAAUUGCCUUGCCCCCUCAGAAUACCCCAUUCUCGUACGCAGCUGGAGGUGACCCAUGUCGGCUCUCUGUGUACUGUCCCCAGAUGACAAACCUGGUGUACUCGUCGGAGAGUUCUGCUCAGCACCACCCGUUGAGUGGCAAUGAUUGCAUUGCUGUCCAGACGACUGAACAAUUUGGAACGAGGAUUGGACACGAAACCAAAUGCUUUCCUGAAUCUUACUUCGCCAUUUUCGGUCAGGAAUAUGUAUGGCUCAACGGAGCAGCAGACGGUGUAACGGUAACCAACGAAGGUGCGGAUUCCACGCUAGCAUAUCCGGGCAAUGCUUGCCUAUCUGGGUACACGACGGCCUGUACAACUACUCUCUUUCACCAAGGCUCUCUGUUUUCCCAAGCAUGGUGUUGCCCGAGUGGCUCCACUGGCUCCUGGACAUGUGCAACAGCGACGGCGGAUUACGACGAAGCUGCUCCGCAACGAUUAUGCAAGAGCUUGAUGACAGAAUCUACCCAGGUCUGGAUGUCGUGGGACCCGCCUUAUACGUGGGCACAUUCGAAGGACCUCUACACCUGGUACGUCGACAUUACCAGCGAGUCGCCUCAAUAUGCUGCUAGUGUCUAUCACAAAGUUUUCCCACUCCAAUUGAUGAGCACUGAGACUGAAGCACCGGCCACUACUGCCCUACACACCACCCUUUAUAUUCCCAGUCCUGGAUCCAGCUCUAAUAAAGGUGCUGAGGAGACAAGUCCUAGCUCCCCAGCAGACGCGAGACCAGAUGGAGGACUCUCUAGUGGCAAAAUCGUGAGAAUAUCAGUAAGCCUCGGGGUUUUUUUCGUCGUCCUGAUCAUCACGAUCGUCUAUCUCUAUCUGCGGCGAAAGCGAAUUGAGAGAGAGCCAGAGGGAUCACCAGCAGCGCAAGAGCAAGAGACCAUCAAUGGAAAGCCUGAACUUGAAGGCUCGGGACCAACUUACACACCCAAGGCAGAGUUAGACGCAACGGUAGAGCGAAGACAGCCACCAAUUGAACCGGUCAGCCCUCCAGGGCCAACGUUAUCAAGCGGUGCUAUCAGUCCUCAUAUCACAGUCAGUCCCACAACGCCGGAGGUGAGAUAUCCGUCAGUAGAGACGGUAAAUAAGGAGGCGCAUGAGUUGGCGGCGUAA